AAAGUGACAAAAUCCCAGUAAAGCGUGACAGUGCCAGCUCCAUUUGGCCUCUCAACCCAAAGUCUUGUGCUUUUCACAUACCCAUUUCCCCAUUCGCCCCACUCCCCUUUCUGCUUCCCCUUUCACCAAAUGGGUCAUCUCCUUCUUCCAUAACAUAACAACAUACCCACGUUUUCUCCUUUUCUCUCUCUUCUUCUUCUUCUUCUUCUUCUUCGUGGGGUUUAACGUUUCACUCUACAACAACAGCAACAAGGAGAAGAAGAACAGGAUUAGAAUGUUUUCUAGGUUGAUACAUCCCCAUGAAGGGGGUGUUGGGCAGGAAGACAUGCAGGGUGCUUCCAAUCACGCUCACCUCGGAGACCCUUGUCUUGUUCUCACCUCUGACCCCAAACCUCGUCUUCGGUGGACCUCUGACCUUCACGAACGCUUUGUUGAUGCUGUCACUCAACUUGGGGGUGCCAGUAAAGCCACUCCUAAAGCGAUCAUGAGAACCAUGAAUGUCAAGGGUUUGACACUCUAUCAUUUAAAAAGUCAUCUACAGAAGUACAGGCUUGGAAAGCAAUCAGGAAAAGAUUCUGAUGAGGGAUGCAAAGAUGGGAUGUCAGGUUCAUAUCUUCAAGAAAGCCCCGGUACUGACAACUCAUCUCCAAAGUUACCAACUUCUGAUGCAAACGAUUCCAAUGUCACGUGUAGGGGUCAUGAAGUGAAGGAGGCAUUAAGAGCACAAAUGGAAGUGCAAAGUAAACUACACUUACUAGUGGAGGCAGAAAAGCACUUGCAAAUUCGGCAGGAUGCAGAGCGGAGGUACAUGGGCAUGCUUGAGCGAGCAUGUAAGAUGUUAGCAGAUCAAUUUAUUGGGGAUAUAAUUAUGGACACAGAUGGUCAAAAAUUUCAAGGGCUGGAAAGCAAAACACCCAGAAAUUCCCUUGUUGAUCACGUUGGGUUUUUCCCUCAAGUGUGUUCUGAGGUAGGUGGAAUGCAUGUUUCAGAAGUACCACCUAUUCUCCACCCUCAAGGAGCUGAUUGUUCCACUGAAAGUUGCCUGACAUCACUGGAGAGUUUAGGAGGGUUGACGCUCGAAGGAUCUCCGGGCGGAUCAAAGAAGAGGAUGCUGAGCUUGGAUUCAAUGGUGGCACCAUUGAUCUGGAGUGAAGCCAACACCAGAACUCAAGGAAUCCAUUUAGCUCAAGUCAAUCCUCCAGGAAUAACUAGGUAUGGUAUGUAGGGUAGGGUUGGGAAGUUUAGUUCCUCAUGAAGAGAGUUGUGAGGAAGUGCUUUGUUCCAAGCUUUUAGGAUUAAGUUCUGAAUUAGAUUCUCAUCUGUUCUUGUCCAUCAAGUUGGUGAUAAUCAACUUGCUCACAUGUCAUUGUGUAAAUUGAAAAUACCUUGUGCCUUAACUUAGACCAUCGUUAAAGGUUGGCGCUGACCAUGUACGUUUCUCACUUCUUCCUUAGUGGCCUUCGUUCUGAACUUUUUUAUUUUUUCUAAUUAUUAACCAUUACGAAUUCUUAGAA